CGUGCUACUUUUCAUCAGUCCGACUGAGUUACUUAACCUGAGUAGUCGAUAACUUGAAUUAUUAAUAUUUUAAUUCAAGGCAGAGCGACGUUCUGCCAGAUUCGGUUGUUUCGUGCCGAAACACAUUGAGUGAGUCUAAUCAAGUCUAAUAUUGAAUAUAAGUGGGCUAAACAAGCUAAACUUAACAAUUACCGAAAUUUAUUUAAAUUCUUCCAACGCAGUGUAAUCGGAAUAAGAAAUACAAAAUUAUUAAAAAUGUCGAAGCUUUUCAUUCUAUUCGAACAUGCUGCUGGUUACGCCAUAUUUCGCGUUAAAGAGUUUGAAGAAAUUGGAAUGCUGUUACCUCAGGUGGAAGAAUCUGUAACAGAUCUGUCACGUUUCCGUAGCAUCGUAAGCCUAGUUGGAUUUUUACCUUUCAAGACAGCGUUGUCUGCUCUGGAAAAUAUCAACAGUAUUUCCGAAGGAAUUAUGACAGAUGUCCUGAAGGUCUUCCUAGAUUCUAGCUUUAGUGGAUUUGCCAAAUCAGAUAUUGUUCUUGGUGUCGCAGAUCCCAAACUUGGUGCUAAUAUCACUGAAAUCUUGGGUAUUAAGUGCGAUCAUGUCAAUGUUGUUCCUGAAAUUACAAGGGGAAUAAGGUUCCACUUUCACAAUCUGGUGAAAGGUUUUACAUCCCAGAAUUCUGUGAUUGCACAACUAGGUCUUGGACACAGUUACUCGAGAGCAAAAGUUAAAUUCAAUGUGAAUCGAGUAGACAACAUGAUCAUUCAGAGUAUAGCCUUACUUGAUCAACUUGACAAAGAUAUCAACACGUUUAGCAUGCGUAUGCGAGAAUGGUACAGUUACCAUUACCCAGAACUUGCAAAAAUAGUUCCAGAAAAUUAUAUAUACGCGAAAGUUGCACAAGUAAUAAAAGAUAGAAAACAACUAACGGAUAAAAAGAUGAAAAUGUUAGAAGAAGUUGUCAUGGAUAGUUCAAGAGCACAGGCCAUUAUCAACGCAGCCAAAUCAUCCAUGGGAAUGGACAUAAGUUCAGUUGAUUUAAUGAACGUUGAGAUUUUUGCUGGACGCGUUGUCGCAUUGGUGGACUAUAGGAAAAAGAUGGCCGAUUAUUUAACGCGAAAAAUGGCAGGAGUAGCACCGAAUUUAGCUACAUUAAUUGGAGAUCAAGUCGGCGCCAGAUUAAUAGCACAUGCCGGAUCGCUUACUAAUUUAGCGAAAGCACCAGCAUCUACUGUUCAAAUAUUGGGAGCGGAAAAAGCCUUGUUUAGAGCAUUGAAAAGCCGUGGAAAGUCGAAUACUCCGAAAUAUGGACUCUUGUUCCAUUCUACAUUUAUCGGUCGCGCUGGCACUAAAAAUAAGGGUAGAAUUGCAAGAUACCUGGCAAAUAAAUGUUCCAUUGCCUCUAGAAUUGAUUGUUUCGCGGAAAUACCAACGAAGAUAUUUGGUGAAAAAUUACGACAACAGGUAGAAGACAGACUAGAUUUCUUUACAACUGGCAAAGAACCGAAAAAAAAUCUGGACGUAAUGAAAGAGGCACUAGAGGAAACGGCACAUAUGUUGGCAGCUCAAGAAAAAGAAGCUGAGAAGAAAAAGAAACAUAAAAAAAGAAAACAUGUUCUCGAAAAUGGCCAAGAGAAUGGACAUAUUGAAAACGACGAAGUAAAUACGUCAUUACAGAAAAAGAAAAAAAAGAAAAAAUCGAAACAAAUUGAUGAAUAAAGAAAGAU